AAAAGGAGGAGACGUCGAGGUUUUGGCAGAUGAGAAAUCGGUGUCUCCCAGCCCUGUGUGAUCAGCGGCAAGCCUGAUUAUAAUAGCACGUGUGUGUCGGAUAUAUACAACGUGCACAAUAUGUAUAUGGAGCAAGGAAAUACUGACUUGUGUUGUUUUUAUAUUAGGAUAGCAAACUGAGGAAUGUAGCAGUGAAUGCAUUUGGAACUAGGGAAUCUGAACUGAUUGUGCUAGGAACUGGGAAUGCAGCGUGAUGUGGCAUCAUAUUAGCAUCUGUUGAAUGUUGGCUGCUGUAGUAUUUUAUACAAAUAACUAUUCAUGUAUAGUGAAGACCACAGCGGCGAGGAGGACGUUUUAUCCUAUAGAGAGGUUACAGUCAGUGGCAUCUUUUAAUCACUUUAAUGAUCUAUAGGAGUGUUUGCUCUGUGAUCACUGUGAUGCUGUUAGUGGCACAUAGUUAAGGCAAGUGCUUAGUGUAUGUUGGAUGAACCUGCUGAUCAGGAAUAUGUUGCUGAUAAUGUCCAGGCUGUAGGUUGUCACCAUACACUGGUUUGGGAGUAUAGUUCUCUUGGGUAGAAGAUCUGCAAGUGGAGUUGAUCUGAAGCUAAUACAACUGGCUGCUGGGAAGACCACCUUGUGCACAGCCCCUCACGGGGAGGAUGGAUAGGCGGUGAAGCAGCAUGGUGUACCCCGGGCCAGUGGGCCUCAUCACGGGGCUCCUCUUGGCUACUGUGACCCUAGGAUUACCAGAAGACGCUGCAGGAUUGUGGUUCACUGAUCGUGGUUACAACCUGACAGUGCCUCAGGGUAACGAGGCCAAGUUGAACUGCAGCUUGAAAGGCAUGGAGGAGCCUGAGAUCCAGUGGCUGAAGGAUGGCAACCCCGUGCACAGCGCUGACCAGAUGUACAUUCCUGUAAAUGAAGAUCACUGGAUAAGCUUCCUCAGCUUGAAAAACGUGCAGCGACCAGAUGCCGGAAGAUACUGGUGUGAGGCUGAUGAUAAAGGAGUGAAGGCUGUGUCUAAGGAUAUCUGGGUCAUGGUGGAAGGUGUCCCGUAUUUUACUGUGGAGCCGAAGGAUCUGGCUGUGUCCCCAAACUCGCCCUUCAAUAUGUCAUGUGCUGCUGUUGGACCACCAGAGCCUCUGGCUAUUAUAUGGUGGAUGGGAAAUUCUCAGUUGUCCAGGAAACCAGAAAGUUCUCCUUCUGUUCUAUCAGUGCCAGGGAUUCGUCAAAGCACAGUUUUCUAUUGUGAAGCACAAAACAUAAAGGGGGUGUCUUCAUCUCGGAUGGCCAUCGUUCGAAUAAAAGAGAAUAACUAUUUAUCGUUUUAUAUUACCAUCUCAAAGUUAACAGGAAGCACAGCUGAGGUAUCCUGGAACCCAGGGUUUGAUAAUUACUCUGCUCUGUAUUCUUGCACAAUACAGGUUCUAGCAUCAUAUGAUAUCCAUGAAAUAUACUCUGAGAUCAUCGCAAAAGACCCUCCUUUUGCCACCGUCUUAGAAAAUCUGCGACCUUUGACCAAUCACAGUUUACGUGUACGAUGUACCAAUGAAAUGGGACCAUCACCAUUUACUGAUUGGGUGUCCUUUCAGACACAGGUUUCAGUGCCCCAAUUUGCUCCACAAAAUGUCCACAUGGUCAAUACAGAGUCUGGACCCCUGUUGGAAUGGGAGGAUGUUGCACCAGCGCUGGAAAACUACAGCCUGCUGGGAUACCGAGUGCAGUGGGAACAUGACAACAUAACUCAGGGAGAAAUAUAUGUGCCAGGAAACCAAGCCAAUCUGUCGUUCUGGGACGCGCAUAAGGAUCUAACAGUGAGAGUGUGCGUAAUGAAUGCCGCUGGCUGUGGCCCUUGGAGUGACCUUCUCCUGGUAGCCCCAAAGGAAGAAGCUGGCAAACAGUUUCGCCCUCACACCAGAAUGUCCUGGGUCCCUCUGGUUUUGGGAAUCCUCACUGCUUUAGUCACUGUUGUGGCUGUGACCCUUAUCUUCCUCCGAAAGAGACGGAAAGAGACUCGCUUUGGGCAAAUCUUUGGCUCUGUGCUAGGAAGGGGUGGGCCAGUUAUCCAGUUCACCGCUGCCAGAUCUUUCAACAGGAGGGGGCCUGAAGUCAUGGAGGCUACGUUGGACAGCAUUGGGAUUAGCGAUGAGCUCAAGUCAAAGCUUAAAGAUGUGCUGAUUCAGCAGCAGCAGUUCACUUUGGGACGGACGCUGGGGAAAGGAGAGUUUGGCUCUGUCAGGGAGGCUCAGCUGAAGCUAGAAGAUGGCUGUUUUCAGAAGGUGGCAGUCAAAAUGUUAAAAACCGAAAUUUUCUGCUCGAGCGACAUUGAAGAAUUCUUAAGGGAAGCUGCUUUCAUGAAGGAGUUUGACCAUCCAAAUGUCUGCAAAUUAAUAGGUGUAAGCCUGAGGAGCCGCACAAAGGGAAGACUUCCAGUUCCAAUGGUGAUACUGCCCUUUAUGAAACAUGGAGAUCUUCACACAUUCCUGCUGAUGUCCCGAAUUGGAGAAGAACCUAUUAAUCUUCCUAUUCAGACCUUACUGCGGUUCAUGAUUGAUAUCUGCAGCGGAAUGGAAUAUUUAAGUUCAAAAAACUUCAUUCACCGGGACCUGGCCACACGCAACUGCAUGUUGAACGAGGACAUGACUGUAUGUGUGGCAGACUUUGGUCUUUCUAAGAAAAUCUACAGUGGGGAUUAUUAUCGCCAAGGUUGUGCUUCCAAGCUUCCUGUAAAGUGGCUGGCGUUGGAGAGUCUUGCAGACAAUGUUUAUACAGUGUAUAGUGAUGUGUGGGCAUUUGGUGUGACUCUCUGGGAGAUCGUUACACGAGGACAGACCCCAUACGCAGGCAUUGAAAAUUCUGAAAUCUACAGCUACCUCAUUGCUGGAAACAGACUGAAGCAGCCGCCUGAAUGUCUGGAUGAGUUGUACCAGAUGAUGUGCCAUUGCUGGAACACUGAACCUAAGAGAAGACCCAGCUUCGCAGACCUUAAAAGACAACUUGAAGCUAUAUGGGGGCGGCUCUCCUUACUGUCAGAAAGUGACGAUCCCUUGUAUGUGAACAUUGGGGCAGCGUGUGGAGCCUCUGGUGGGAUUUCUCUAUUUGCAGACUUUAGUGGCACGGAGACUUGUGGUACAGACACUAUACAGACAUGUGGCCCAACUACAGUUACUAGCGACUACCGCUAUAUAGUGAAUCCCGGGUGCCUUAGGGAAGUAGACAAUUGGCCCCAAGAUGCAAUUCCUGGGGAAGCUAGAGGACUACUCAAUGAGGAUGAGGAGGAAGAUGAUGGCAUGCAAGAAGACCAAGUUGUCAUUAACCUUUAGCAGUAAUCUCCUGGACCUUGAAAUAUUUUGCAUCACUUGUGCUAUUUUAGUGAGAAAUAAGAUUAUUUAUUGGGCGAACAUGAGAGUUCAUGAUAAAUAAGCUUCCACAAUAUCUUUUAGAUGUGUAUAUAUUUAUAUAUUAGAAACUCAUGGAUUGAUACAAUUUGGAACUCUCAUUUUUGCUCAUGAAAUGGUAUCACAGCCUGCAAACAACUCUUAUGAUCUCUCAUGCGAAGUUCAGGUCAACUGUGGCUCUAAAUGUACUGAAAUACUUCCAAGCACAGAAAGCCGUACGUAAUUACACAUUCAGUACCAGAUUUAACAUCUCUCAAUGCAAUACCAGAACAAAAUUGGAGCAUUUUCAGGUGCACAAAUUCUUUUCUAGUCUUUGGAAUGUAUAAUGUGUCUUCACAGACAAAACUAAAAAGAACUUUGAAAUCACAGCUACGAUUUCCACCAGGAUCCUAGAUAUUGGAUCUUUCUCUUAUGUACAAAGUGGGAGGGUUGCAUGUGUCUAAUUGAUCUCGUAUUGCUUCUCUUUUUUUCAAUCUCUGGCUCAGAUAUUCUUUGCUACCGGAAGGUCCUGCUGUGUGCAGCACAAACCAUCCUGCAGUGAAAAGUCAAGAUCAUUUUGUUUUAUCUUCUCAUUUGUGUAUUUUCUUUUUGCUCAUGUUUGGACCUGAUAUGAAUGUUGCAGCUUCUUAAAAUAUUCAACAAUAUGAUCAAAUUGGUCUUUUAUUCAGGUUAGGGUGAUUCCUGAACAGACUAUUCUGCACUGUACUUUCCUGUAUUUCACCCUUAAAAAGACUAAAGCAUGUGUGUAAUCAGUGUUUGAUAUUCUAGAUGCACUACCUAAGAGCACAUAUGGAAUAAUAGAAUAAGAGACUUUUUUAUAAUCAAUAUCUUUGCAGAUUUGUAUGUAUUCAGUAGCAAGUUCACAUGGGAGGGGCAUAUACUGGCACUUGCAUAAGUCAAUGCAGUUAAAAAAAUCUAAUUAAUUUGGCCGUCUUGAAAACAUGGGACACUUUAUUGGAAUGGAAGACUCAUUUGACCCAAGGGUUAUCAUGUGGUCAAUGCAUAAUGGUAAUUUCAUUAUUAUGAGACACACAUUUAGAAUAAAUAGUGCUAAAUCUAUGUGUCUCUCUACAAAACAAAAUACAUAUUCUCAUUAAUAAGACACCCCCUGUGGAAGAGGAGAUUCUAUUUACAAGGCAUCAUUUUCUAAUUGUCAGGUGAACAGUAUAACAGCUAAUUAAAGGGAUACGAAAGUCAAAAUAUAACGCAUGAUUCACCGCUAUUUUCAAAUGUGCUUCGUUCUCUUGGUAUCCCUUGUUGAAAAGGAAUACGCACAUAUCCUACACUAGUGGGCUAGCUGCUGAUUGGUGCCUGCACACAUUUGUCUCUUGUGAUUGGUUAAUUGGAUGUGUUCACCUAGCUGCUAGUAGUGCAAUGCUGUUCCUUCAGCAAAGGAUAACAAGAGAAUUAAGCAAAUUUGAUAAUAGAAGUAAAUUGGAAAGGAAGUAGGCACAUACAUAAAAUGAAUAGAAAUAGGUGGGUUCUGAUAUUUUCUCUCUUUACAUUGGUAGUGCAGGAUUGGUGAGUAUUAGACUUGCUAUUUAUUAUACCGGAUCAAUAAAUGCUGCAGUUUCUCUCUACGUUUUAACCUGCGUUAUUCUGCGCUACCAAGGAGGGUAUUGUUUUCAUUAUCAUAUUCCUUAUAUUGCAAUUACUGACAGUGCAGCUUGCAGAUCCCUUUAAAUAUGUUGUAUGAGUCCUGGCCGGAAGUGCCUUACGCAUUAGCUGUAUUUAAUAAAGUGACAACAUCAUCGCAUACAAAUCUGAAAGGGAUUCUACUUUUAUCAAGUUUAUAGAAAAUAUAAAACUUCACACUUUUUGUUUAGUGUUGUUAUAAUAUUUCCUUAUUCUUGAAAUACUUGUGUGUGAGGAAGAAAGGCCAGUUUGUUAAUCACUAUUCCCAGCAUCCUGUGUUGUAAGUCUGUUUAUAGGGUAAAGGCUCAUCAUUGAAUAUUAUGACAGAUAACGGUGCACCAACUAAAUGAAAUCAAGGCUUAUUUGGAGAUUGUUACUUACAGUUGCAAUACUUACAGUAAUUAUACAUUUCUGACAUAAGGGAUAUACAAAAAUGUACCUUGUCAUUUAUCAAAUUUACUUCAUUCUCUUGGUAUCCUUUGUUAAAAAGCAUAUCUAGGCUCAGGAGCAGCUAUCUGGUGAUUGAUAGUAACACACAUAUGUAUAUUGUCAUUGGCUCACUGGGUGUGCUCAGCAAGCUCCCAAUAGUGCAUUGCUGCUUUAGAGUUAACUUUAACUAUGCGUUUAACCCUGUUUCAAGGGUUAUACAAACAGUUCUAUGGAAGCAAUAGUGCUAUAAUAAAAGUCCAUUAACAGAGAA